UUAAGAGCAGAGAGAGCAGCUGAAGGACACACACACACAUCUGAGCUGUGAAGAAGAAGAUGAGGAUGACGAUGAUGAUGUUGUGUUGGGCUCUGGUUCUGACUCUGGUUCUGACUGGAAGAAGCUCAGCACAGAUGCCACAUCGAUGCCGAACGCCAGCGCUGCUGUCCGGCAGUAUGAGCGUGAGCGCUCGAGAAGGGCAGGACUGGGCGGUGGCCAAAUAUCGUUACGAUGCUAUCGGCCAGCGCAUCAGAUUAUGGGAGUUCGGUCAGGUUCAGAAUAAAUCGUUCCACGCAGACAUGCUGUUCCUGUUUCGAGAGGCCGUGGUCUACAGCAUCGACUAUAAGAACCGCACGUGUCAGAAGAACCCUCUCCACACAGCCUUCCACCCCUCGCACAUUCCCCACAACGCCUCGCUGCUGUCACAGGUGAUUCUGGGAGGUUCGUCAGCUCCAGGUGAGGGUCUGCUGGUCAACACCUGGAUGGGGGACGUCCCUCAGACCGCAGGUAAAUAUAUAGCCACAGUCACAGAGUUCGGAUGCAUCCCGGUGUCCACGCUUUACUACACGCCUAAAACGGGCUGGAUCCUCACAUCAUAUUUCAAUGCAGUGACGGGGAUCGAGGACCCGGAGCAGUUCUUUCCUCCUCCAUUCUGUGCUCAUGCAGACACUGAAGAGGAGCAGCUCGACUUCUUCAGCGCCUUUUACUGAAUUUACCUGCCUCACACACUCUUACACUCCUUUUAUCAUGAUUUUAACAGCUUUGAACCAAUGCUCUUCGUUUUAAAUGCUGUUGCUGGUCUUCGUGAUUUGUGCACCUAAUGCAUGUAUGGUCAAAAGCACUUUAAUCAUUUACAAAAGGGAAAUAAACUUCUUUUUUUUCUCAAACACUGAAA